UCAAGUUAUCCAUAGUUCGUUAUGUCUCCGAGCCAUACGGAAGAUGAGUUUGCUUCGAGUGAUUCGAGUGAUAGUGAGGAUGAAACUCUUUUGCUUGUCAACCUACUAACCCUAAACAUUGCGGCUCAACACCUUCACCGCCGACGGUCCGGUCUACCCCGCCGUGUCAUUCACAGAGAUCAUUUCGCUGGAGAAAACCUCAUCCAACAUCACUACUUCGCCGCUAACCCAGUGUAUCCACCGCAUGUGUUUCGUAGAAGGUUCCGCAUGAGUAGGCCUUUGUUUCUCCGCAUUCUGCAUGGUCUUCAACAACACGAUAUUUACUUUACACAAAGAGUUGACGCAACUGGUAUGCCCGGACUAGGACCAUUACAAAAAGUUUGUGCGGCCAUGCGGAUACUUGCUUAUGGCUUACCUUCAGAUGCGGUAGACGAGUAUAUUCAAAUUGGGGAAUCAACGGCUAGGGAAUGCCUUCAUCAUUUUUGUCGCGCAAUCAUUGAUUGUUUUAGUGCCUGGUAUUUACGCACUCCAACUCAAGAUGACAUUACUCGCAUCAUGCAUAAUAGUGAGUCGCGGGGUUUUCCUGGCAUGUUGGGAUCCAUCGAUUGCAUGCACUGGGAGUGGAGGAACUGUCCAACGGCAUGGCGAGGUCAAUUUUGUGGUCGAAAUGGUAGGGCAUCGAUGAUACUUGAAGCAGUUGCAACGUAUGAUCUAUGGAUUUGGCAUGCAUUUUUUGGCAUGCCUGGGACAAACAAUGACGUUAACGUGCUCCACCGAUCCCCCGUAUUUGACCCAAUCACUACUGGUCGAAUGCCACCUGUCAAUUACACAGUUAAUGGUAAUGCGUACAACUUCGGUUAUUACCUCGCUGAUGGUAUUUACCCCAACUGGCCUACUUUUGUGAAAGCAAUCCGACACCCAUACGAGGAAAAGAAAGUCUACUUCACUCAGAUGCAGGAAAGUUGCCGAAAGGAUAUUGAGCGUGCAUUUGGAGUACUUGAUAGUGAAGAUUGGGAAGCAGGGAUCAUGGUUGAUUGGGAACUACCCGUUGGCCAUAAGGGUGGUGGUGGUGGAAAUUGCUGGGCAUUUGAGGGAUUUGACAUCGCCUGCGACGAUGUCGCAUUGCUGGCAGGGUCCAUGCUAGGAUAUGUGGAGAUGGCACACAUUUAG